CAGCGGCUGAGCCUGUUGCUUCUCCUGCUGUGGCCAGGACCCCCGCCCACCCCCGGCAUGGAGGACGCCACCUUCCCCCACCUGGGGGAGAGCUCGCAGCCCCCACCCCGGGCCUGCCCUCCCCGCUGCUCCUGCCCCCGGGCUGACACUGUGGACUGCGACGGCUUGGAGCUUCGGGUGUUCCCGGACAAUAUCACCAGGGCGGCGCAGCACCUCUCCCUGCAGAACAACCAGCUCCAGGAGCUCCCUUACAACGAGCUGUCACGCCUCAGCAGCUUGAGGACCCUCAACCUCCACAACAACCUCAUCUCCUCGGAGGGCCUGCCAGAUGAGGCCUUCGAGUCCCUCACUCAGCUGCAGCACAUCUAUGUGGCCCACAACAAGCUCUCAGUGGCUCCCCAGUUCCUGCCCCGCUCCCUCCGUGUCGCGGAUCUGGCGGCCAACCAAGUGAUGGAGGUCUUCCCCCUCACCUUCGGGGAGAAGCCGGCGCUCAGGUCCGUGUACCUCCACAACAACCAGCUGAGCAACGCCGGCCUGCCCCUCGACGCCUUCCGCGGCUCCGAGGCCAUUGCCACCCUCAGUCUCUCCAGCAACCGGCUCAGCUACCUGCCGCCCAGCCUUCCGCCCUCGCUCGAGCGCCUCCACCUGCAGCACAACCUCAUCUCCAAGGUGCCCCGAGGAGCCCUGAGCCGCCAGACCCACCUCCGUGAACUCUACCUCCAGCACAACCGGCUGACGGACAGCGGCCUGGACGCCACUACCUUCAGCAAGCUGCACAGCCUGGAGUACCUGGACCUGUCCCACAACCAGCUGGCCUCGGUGCCCGCCGGCCUGCCCCGGACGCUGGCCGUCCUGCACCUGGGCCGCAACCGCAUCCGCCGGGUGGAGGCGGCCCGGCUGCGCGGCGCGCGGGGCCUGCGCUACCUGCUGCUGCAGCACAACCCGCUGGGGGGCGCGGGGCUGCCCGCUGGGGCGCUGCGGCCGCUGCGGCGCCUGCACACGCUGCACCUCUACGGCGGCGUGCUGGACCUCGGCCACAACGAGCUGUCCUUCGUUCCCCCCGACCUGCCCGAGGCCCUGGAGGAGCGGCACCUGGAGGGCAACCGCAUCGCCAGCGUGGGCCCCGAGGCCUUCCUCAGCACGCCCCGCCUGCGUGCCCUCUUCCUCAGGCUUCACAGGAGCGGCAUCGCGGCCGAGGCCUUCCUGGGGCUCGCCCAUCUGCGCGUGGUGGACACGGCAGGGAACCCCGAGCACGUCCUGGUCCGACUGCCGCCCACCGCCCCCCGAGGGCCGCGGGCAGGGGGCCCCUGA